AUAGCUAUGACUGUAGUAUACGCUGUUUUGUUAGUGACAGGUGUCGUUGGUAACAUCUGCACGUGCAUCGUAAUUGCUCGUAACACUUAUAUGCAUACCGCCACUAACUAUUAUCUCUUCAGCCUGGCUGUGAGUGACUUGUUAUUGCUGAUUAUGGGGCUUCCUCAAGAAGUUUACCAGUUAUGGGUACCACAGCCGUAUUCCUUGGGGGAAGCAAUGUGCAUCAUACGUGGAUUAACUGCUGAGACGUCAACAUACGCAUCUAUACUGACAAUCACAGCUUUCACAGUUGAGAGAUACGUGGCAAUUUGCCAUCCCCUCAAAGCCCAUGCCAUGUCCAGCUUGUCCAGAGCAGUCAAAACCACAGUGGUAGUUUGGGUACUGUCUGCAAUCUGCGCAAUGCCUGUUUCUCUUCAGUUUGGUGUCAUAUACAGGAUGUCCAUUACUGGUGAAAUCAUGUGGCACACAGCCGUAUGCGCCCUCAAGAGACCCAUGAACCAUGCAUUUCUUGUUUCGUCGCUGUUGUUUUUCUGGGUCCCACUGGUCAUCAUAUUUUCACUUUACAUCAAGAUUGGGCUCCAACUGCGCUUGCCGUUAGCCAUGGGGAAAACCUGCUUCGUAAAUCAAAAGGUACUGUCAAAGGACUUUGACUCCAGUGCAAGAAAUAACAAAAAAGAGAGCGCUAAUCGUAACCGGAAAGGAAUAAUCAAAAUGCUUGGUAAGAAACUUUUGUUAUUAGUUAAACUCUGA